AUGUGCAGUGGGAUGGCACUGCAGACCAUUCUUCUGGCACUGACAGUCCUCUGGGCUGCAGCACAGACACCACCAUGCAGAAGACUGGGGAGGGCAGCCAAGCCCAGCUUCUAUCAACACGGAGACAUCACCAUCGGUGGGGUCUUUGCCCUGAACCAAACUCCUUUGGAACUAACCAUUAAAUUUGACAUUAAACCUGAGUCCCAGAAGUGUUCAGGAGUUAAUUUCAGAGAAUUCCGGGUGGCUCAGACAAUGAUCUUCGCCAUUGAAGAAAUCAAUAACAGAACGGACUUGCUCCCUGGAGUAACUCUUGGAUAUAAGAUUUAUGAUUCCUGCAUCUCUACAAUAUUCUCUCUAAGAGCAGCCAUGGCUCUGAUGAAUGGUUAUGAGGAAACACUGUCUGACACAUCAUGUUCCACACCAGCAGUAGUGCAGGCAAUUAUUGGGGAGUCUGUGUCAACUAACUCCAUUGCAAUUGCAGCAACUGUUGGAUUAUUUCAAAUUCCAUUGAUCAGUCACUUCUCAACAUGUGCAUGUCUGAGUAACAGAAAAGAGUUUCCCUCAUUCUUCAGAACCAUUCCCAGUGACUAUUACCAGAGCAGAGCACUGGCUCAGCUGGUGAAGCACUUUGGCUGGACCUGGAUAGGAGCUGUGAGGAGUGAUAAUGACUAUGGCAACAACGGAAUGGCCACAUUCAUAGAAGCUGCUCAAGAAGAAGGCAUCUGCAUUGAGUAUUCAGAGAAAUUUCACAUAACAGAACACGAGAAACUACUGAAGGUGGUAGAUGUUAUCAAAAGAGGUACUGCAAAAGUAAUUGUAGCAUUUUUUUCUCAGGUUGAGAUGAAGAGUUUACUAGAGCAGCUGACCCUGCAGAAUAUUACAGGUUUACAAAUGGUUGGCAGUGAGGCCUGGAUAACAGAAUACAAUCUAGCAACACAAAGAAGUUAUAGAAUUCUUGGAGGGUCUAUUGGCUUUGCUAUUACCAAAGGCAAAAUAAGUGGCUUCAAAGAAUUCAUACUAAAACUUCACCCCUCACAAAGCCCAGCAAACCCUGCUGUUCUAGACUUUUGGGAAAAUGUGUUUCAGUGUUCCCUAAUAAAUGGAAACAAUCUUCCUCACAUGAAUCCCUGUACUGGAUCAGAGAGCUUGAUUGAAUUGGAAAAUGAAUACACUGAUGUGUCAGAGCUGAGGAUCUCCAACAAUGUUUAUAAAGCAGUGUAUGCUGUUGCUCAUUCUCUACAUGACCUGCUGGCAUGUACACCCCAUCAAGGCUGCACAAACAGUGUGAAAACAGAGCCCUGGCAGGUGCUUGAGGCUUUGAAAAAGGUCAAUUUCACUUUGGGAACUGGAGAGAAAGUCUCUUUUGACAGUAAUGGAGACCCAACAGCCAGAUAUGAGCUGGUGAACUGGCAGCUUGGUCCUGAUGGGGUAGUAGAGUUCAGAGUGGUUGGCUACUAUGAUGCUUCUCUACCAUCUGAUCAGCAGUUUGUGAUGAGUCCUGUUAGUAUUGUAUGGGCGGGUGGGGAAAACGAGAAACCCAGGUCAGUCUGCAGUGAGAGCUGUCCCCCAGGCACCCGGAAGGCUGUGCAGAGAGGAAGGCCAGUCUGCUGCUAUGACUGUGUGCCCUGUGCUGAGGGUGAAAUCAGCAAUGCUACAGAUUCUAAUGAAUGUAUUAAGUGCCUGGAGGAAUACUGGUCUAAUGCUAAAAGAGAUCAAUGUGUUCUAAAGGCUGUCGAAUUUCUGUCCUUUCAAGAAAUUAUGGGAAUAGUACUUGCUAUUUUUUCCAUAUUUGGAGCAUGUAUAACUGUACUUGUGGCUGUGCUGUUCUUCAUAAAAAAGGACACUCCCAUUGUGAAAGCCAACAACUCAGAGCUGAGCUUCCUGCUGCUCUUUUCAUUGAACCUGUGUUUCCUUUGCUCUCUUACCUUCAUUGGCCGGCCCUCUGAGUGGUCCUGUAUGCUGCGCCACACUGCGUUUGGGAUCACCUUUGUCCUCUGCAUCUCUUGUGUUCUGGGGAAAACAAUAGUGGUAUUAAUGGCAUUUAGGGCAACACUUCCAGGCAGUAAUGUCAUGAAGUGGUUUGGGCCACUCCAGCAGAGACUGAGUGUUCUUGCUUUCACUCUCAUACAGGUCCUUAUUUGUGUGCUUUGGUUAACAAUAUCGCCCCCUUUCCCAAACAAUAACAUGAAGCACUACAAAGAAAAGAUAAUUCUAGAAUGUGAUGUAGGAUCAGCAGUGGGGUUCUGGGCUGUACUGGGUUAUAUUGGGCUCCUCUCUAUAUUGUGUUUUGUUUUAGCUUUUGUGGCUCGUAAGCUGCCUGACAACUUCAAUGAAGCUAAAUUCAUCACAUUCAGCAUGCUCAUCUUCUGUGCAGUCUGGAUCACCUUUAUACCAGCUUAUGUCAGCUCACCUGGAAAGUUCACUGUUGCUGUGGAGAUAUUUGCAAUUUUAGCAUCUAGUUUUGGCUUGCUGUUCUGUAUCUUUCUUCCAAAAUGUUACAUCAUGUUAUUCAGACCUGAACAAAAUACAAAGAAACAUAUAAUGGGUAAAACACAUGUAAAAUCUCAGUGA